UACUGGUUAUACUGUGGUUAUACUGUGGUCAGUUCAGCUAUAAAGGACUGCGUUCAGGAAUUCACGGUAUAUCAUUUUAUCCUUGUUAUUCACCGAAUGUUAAACAAGGAUAAAACAAUAUCUAGAUGCACCUGAAGUUUAUGAACACAGCUAAGAACAGGCCUCAUGUUUUUCACCGAUCGAAAAAAAUUCUUUAUUUUCCUAGUGAAGAGUUGCUUCCCUCUGAAUAUUUCUGUAAAAUUGAAUAAAUCCGCUGCAUAAUAAAAGAUUUGGAUUAAUAAGGGAAAUCAAAUAAACUUAGGGAAAAUUAAAUCGUAUGAAUUUAAUCAAAUUUGUUUUAACACAUUUGUCAACAAUGUAACCUCUUCUUGGAAGAUGCAUUUAAAUUGCUGGAACAAAAGCUUAUGAAAUCUGUUCUCUAUUUGUACAAUUGAACUUUUAUUUAUCUAAUUAUCUGUUAGCAAAAUGGAUAUUCUAAAAGCAGAAAUAAUGAAAAAACGCAAGGAGUUAGAAGAAAGUCAUGUCUUGGAAAAUAAUAAGAAAUAUUUCAAGAGGAGUCAAUUGAUAUCAAAGCAGCAGGAAGUACAUGAAACUGAUAAGGGGAAUAAUGAAGCUACUCCUUCAAAUAUCAGUCAGCAAUCAGAAGAACAUGUAACAGACAGUAGCUCCGAACAUUUGCUGUCCAGGCAAGAAGUAAUUAGGCGAUUACGCGAACGGGGAGAGCCUAUAUUGUUGUUUGGUGAAUCCGAGAUAGAGGCAUUCAAAAGAUUAAGGAAAUGUGAAAUUCUUGAGCCAGAAGUGAACAAGGGCUUCAGAAACGAUUUUCAAGAAGCCAUGGAACAAGUGGAUCAAGCAUAUCUCAAUGAAAUCUUGAUAUCCUCCAAAUCCCAAAAUCUUGAUGGAAAAGGAGAUGUGAACGUGCCUGAUGAAGGUGUCACUUAUGAAGACAUAGAAAAGAUGUCGACUAAGCUGAACAAAGGAGAUAAGGACUUUGAUAUGAAUGUCAUCACUCUGUUUGUGCAAUAUCUAGUCCAAAUGUGGGGCAAUCAGUUAAACAGUCGGUCAACUGCCGAAAAGAUGAGCACGAAGGGAAAGAUGAAUAGCGCCACGUAUGCUCAAACGAGAGAAUAUUUAAAACCGCUUUUACGAAAAUUGAAGAAUAAAUCUCUUCCGGAGGAUAUAACUGACAGCUUAACAGAAAUCGUUAAGCAUUUGUUACAGCGUAACUACAUAUUGGCUAGCGACGCCUAUUUACAAAUGGCAAUAGGCAACUCCCCGUGGCCUAUCGGUGUAACUAUGGUUGGUAUCCAUGCUCGUACUGGUAGAGAAAAAAUCUUCUCCAAGAAUGUUGCUCAUGUUAUGAACGAUGAAACUCAGAGGAAGUACAUUCAAGCGCUCAAAAGAUUGAUGACCAAAUGCCAGGAAUAUUAUCCUACAGAUCCUUCACGUUGUGUAGAGUACUCAAAAAAUUAGAUUUCUACAAUAAAAGAUAAAGUAAGGCAUUAUAA